AGAAUACGAGAUGCGGAUGGAGAUGUCGGCGCUGUGAGGAGAUUGGAGGGUUGGCGAUGCUGGGCAUGAAGACGGCGAUUGGGUGGCACUUUGGAGAUGAGUCGAGAAUUUGGCAGUAGAGAGAAUAUAUUUUGUGUGUAUAUAUAUAUAUAUAUAUAUAUAUAUCGGUGCAUCCUUUUCUUUGUCUUUUUGUCUUUCUUCGUCUUUGUUGAUUGUCUUGUAUGUUGCCGUGCUUUACAGCAUGGAUUCGUCCACGGCACCUCUGCCCAUCGUUGCAGUUUCGUACUCGGCCGCACACUAAUUCAUUCUUCGCAAUCGUCUUUUUUUUUCCUCUGUUUCAUUUUGUAUUCCUCCGACCAGGAACACAGAACGCAAUGGACUGGACUGAUUGAUUGCCCAAUGGACGCCGUGUUUGUGCACAGCCACGCUGGCCCGCCGCCCGCCGCACGCCGUUCUCCAGGGGUGGUGGGUGUCCGCUGGGGUUGGUGGCUUGCCUAGUGGGCUCCCUAGGGGACAUCGGGCUACGGUUACAGUGGAUGCAGUGGCAGCAGCAGUUAGCGGCGGCAUGCUGCAGGGACCCGGUGCUGCAGCACAGCACAGCACGUAACAGCGCAUUCCUUCCCCACUACAGCAACCCAAGCGAGCUGCCCCCCCAAAGCCGCCGCGUGGUGCUCGCUGUCCCUUGCCCUGUUUUCUCUCAUAUAGCGGCAUCGCUGGCUUUUCUCCCCAAUUGGAUAAGGCUUCUUGUGUGUUUUAUUUUAUGCUUAUAUUUUUCCUGGUGUACAAUUAUUCAAAUUGCGCUGUCUUCCCCACCUCCUGUUUUUCCCUCUUAUUUUUUAUUUAUUUCUUUCGUGUCUGGUUUUUGCUUACUCUUCUUCCAGAUCUUACCUGCUACAGUAACCCCCCCGGCGGUGCUGUGUCGCUUGUUUAAGCCAACUGAAGCUUCUCUCUCUCCCCUCACCCACCAGUUCCACGCCCCCGUUUUCCCUCCUUCUCCGCCUACAAGAGAAAAAAAGGACAAAAAGGAACAGAAAACCCACGCGGAUAAGCAGCUGUACCAAUCACCACAGCUAAACGAACCCGCCCUACUUACACGCUAUAUUCUCUCUCUCUCGCUCUCUUUUUCUCUCUUCUGCAGUACUUCAUGUUCUAGCUCGCCUCCCCUUUUGCGCCUGUCGCCCAUUCACGCUGCUUGCAACCACCACACCAAUUGGCAACGCCGCCUCCUUCGUCACCGCUUCGUCUAGUCCCAGCUGCCUGCAGAAGCCUGUCUUGUCUUUUUAUUUGCUUUCUUUUUUUGCCGGCUUUAGCCUUGCAACUGAUAAACGCCUUCACUGCUACUGGCCUGCCCCCAAACGUUAGAGCUGCUGCCCUUCUCUUCCUCGUCCUCCCCGCCUUUUCCGGGCUCUAGUUAGUGCUUUGCGAACUGUUGCUGCACUUGGGGCCGCUCAACCGUCCCCUACAAAGUACCCGUUCUCACGCCUUCCUCUCGCCGACUCACCACCACGACCGCCAAUUGUCGCGCCCAAACCCGGCGAUGCCUCCCAGACGAUCUCAUAAAAAGUCGCGCGCCGGCUGUCGCAGGUGCAAGAAUAGAAAAAUUAAGUGCGAUGAAGUCCAUCCCCGAUGUGGCAACUGCGUAAAACACGGCGUCUCGUGCGAUUUCGAAAACCCCAGAGUCCUCGAUGAGCUCGCUUCCGUCACUUCCGUCGGCGGCGCCUCGUCCGCUGGCAGCCCGACAAACUACUCGUCCCGAUCCGUUCCCCUCUCCAAACACUCCAUGCCGCGAUCCCCUAUUCAGCCUCCUCAGAUUUCUCCCGUCUUCUCCGAAUGCAUGCCUGCCCCGACAGGGCCGCCGUCUAAACGCCCCGUGGACAGACUGAUGGAACUGCGCCUAUGGCACCACUUCACCUCCAACACAUAUAAGACACUCAUCAACAAUGCAGACUCUUCAGGUACCGUUUGGCUACACGACGUUCCGCACAUUGCCUUUGCUGGUAAGCCCUAUCUGACGGAUGCCCUGCUGGCCGUCGCCGCGCUACACUUGCGCUCGAUGCACCCCGAAGAAAAGGCCCUCGUCUACGCCUGCCACGCCUACUCUGCCAACGCACUGGAAGAAUACGGUAUGGCCUUGACCAACGGCAUCACGGCCGACAAUGCCGAAGCGCUCUUCUUGACGUCGUCCCUAAUUGCCUUUCACGCCAGUGCGUCGCGUCUCUUUGUCAAGGACGACGGCGAUACGACCCCGGUCCCCGGAAACCCCAAGACGUCCUACACCCUGCCUCUGGCCUGGUUUCACGCCUUCCAAGGCGUCAAGACGGUGGUUUCGCUUUCUUGGCAAUGGAUUCGAAACAGUGCUGCCGUCAAGAUGGUGAUUGAAUCACAGCCCGGCUUCCAGCUCAAUAUGAACCCUCUGGGCGGCGAGUCCUUCUUUGCGCACCUACUCGACGACAUGGCAGCAGAAGUCGGCACAGAAGACCCUCAAAAAGCAGCCUACUCCAGCCAGGCCUACUCACACGCCGUUUCAGUCCUCAACUGGGCGCAUAGGAACCCGUAUCCCCCCGCGGCGCUCGCCUUCCCCGCCACCGUCUCAAAGCGAUUUGUAGAAAUGGUGACGGAAAAGCGACCGCGAGCCCUCGCCAUCUUGGCCUGCUUCUUUGCUCUACUCAAACGCAUGGAGCCUGUCUGGUGGCUUGGUGAUGUGUCGCGCAGAGAAGUCAUGGGUAUCAUUGGCCUGUUUGAGCCUGGGUCGAAAUGGUGGAAGCACCUGGAGUGGCCGGUUCGAAUCUCCCUUCUCGAAGACGGCAACAUCCCGGCCUCCGUCUGGGGUACAGAGUGCGAGGUCCGACCAGAGGGAGACAAGGGCCUGAUGGAGACCAUGAUGAGCCACAUUGAGCUGCUGGCCAAGAUGGGCAAUGCCGUGCCCGCGUCUCCUGCUUCGCCGCCAGCGUCCGUCACAGACGAGCUGGGCUACGAAGAGGUUCCCUUGGAUUAAGAUGAAAGUCAUGGAUAGAAUUCUUCUUCAUUUUCUUUCGUUUUGCUGUACAGGACGGUGCGCAACAGUCCACCCGACGCAACACGUGUAGAACUAAUUAUGGCAUGACUUGGGCGUUUUCUUUGGUUCAUCAAUAGCCCGGCGAUUGGUGAUGACUGAUGGCCGGGUCAUUAUGAGGGCUUACUUGGCGUUUUAGUGUUUUUUUUUAACGAGAUGGCAGCUACGACGGCGGUUUUUCAUUGGGAAAGUUUUGUUUUGGAAGCAGGUGUUGCCCAAUGGCUGGGAAAAGGGAGAAAUGUACACGGGAAAAAGUUGGAGAUGGUGCAAGCCAUUUAUUUAUGGUGGGAUAUGGACGAUGAAUUGCUGUAUAGAAGCGCAUGAUUUCCUUGCCGUAACUAGACCAUAUCGUUUGUGGUUGCAAUGUAGCAAAAUAAUAUUACGGUGUUUAUAUCACAAGCAGCCGACAGAGGACAUCAGAAUCAAAGUUUAUGUGUGUAAGAAUAUUUGUCUUUUAAUAACAAAGGAAGACAACUAAAAUAAGGCCUCCUUUUUAUUUUCCAUGCCACGCCGUAUAACGCCCAAGCCAUGAUGGAUUGAUUGAUAGAUAUAAGAAAACAAAAGCAAAACACGAAUCCCGCAAAACUAAACCCAAAAAUGCUGGCGAUAGCAAGCAGUGCUCCCGCUGGCUUACUGCUUGGAGCGCUUGGAGUCGUCCAUCUCGUGGAGUAUGAGGCCAUCCUCAUCGUCGUCGUUUCUGCUGCGCUUGAGACCCUUCAUCUUUCUUGUCUGCAUGUUGCUGAGAUCCUGCUUGCCCAAGUGGACACGGCCAAUCUUGUCACCCAUAACGUCCGUAGUGAUGUUCUUCUUGGUGCGCUCCUCCAGGCCACGGGGCGUCUUGAGGGCGUCCUUGAGCAUCGCCUCGUCGGCCUCACGCGAGCGGCCCACGCGGAAGUUCAUACGGGGCCCAAUCUCCUCAAGCUCAACACGGGGCAGACGCUGGCCACUGCGCUUAGUGCGGAUGGCAUAGACGCGCAGGUGGAUGGCGGGCUUUGUAUCUGCGCCCGUGUCCUCCUCGGCCGUCACCGACACCAUGUACUGCAGGCCCUCGACGUCGACCUUCUCGAGGGGCUCGCCGCGGAAGAAGUCGAGCAGCAGGCUCUUGGCGAGCGUGUACUCGUUGGCGACGGGGCUCUCAAACGGCGUGCCGGCAAAGAGGACCAUGGGCCGCAUGCCCACGGCAAACUUCUUGGUCUUGAACUGCGCCAUGGCGCGGAAGCUGUCGGCAUCGAGGUGCAGCUCUAGCAUGUCGAGCAGCUUGUAGCCAAAGGUGCGGAUGAAGGUGAUUGUGUGCGGGCGCUUCUUCUGCGAGGAGCCAAAGACGAGCAGCGAGGCGUCGUUCUUCUCGGAGAAGAACUCGAGCGACGAGGCGUCCUCGAAGGGGUGGAUGGCGUUCUUCUUGGUGAACUUCUUGACAAAGGGCAGACGCAUCGAGUACAGAUCGGUCAGGGCGUCCUGGACGACUUGCGAGCAGCUGUUGCCGCGCAGCAUCAGGCAUGUCUUGGGGUUCUCGACCGCCUUGGGCUCCCGCUUCUCCAUGGCUCGCUUGGAGCGGGCAUUGCGAGGUUUGCUAGA